UGAUAUUUUACAGUUAAACCAAAAACGUAAUGUCAAAAAUUAUAAAUAAAAAUCACAAAUACAACCACAUAUAUAGAACUUGAAUUAACAAAGAAAAAGUAAAAUAUAAAUAUAAAUGCACAUCGUUUCUGCAACCUUUAUUCUGUAAGAUCAUUUUUUAUAUCAGCAAACAUAAAUGCAGAUACUGAUAUGUCUGUGAAAGGCUCAUUGACAUUAAGUUAGUAUUAAUGGUCAUACAACUCUAAAGUAUAUUAUCAGUAUAAGUAUAUUUAUACCAUUAUAUAUACUUAGCCCAUCAGUUAAAAUGUAUUUAUAUAGAUGUAUAGACCAUAUUAAUCCCUUCAUCCACUCGCUCUUGGCCUGAUUACUCUCCAAAAAUCCUUGUUGGCUUCCGAUGAUGCCAAAUAUUCUAAUCACUGUUGUUCCAACAGCCAGGAGCACUAACAAACAAGUGGAAUCAAUGGAGGUUAAAUACCUGAGACUCCCCCGAGCAGGCAGUCAAAACUGAAGAAGCCUUAAUUGGAUGAGUGGGAAAAGGUCUUCAAGUACAUGUCCAGUUUCCUCAAACUCAACUCUUCAUAGAUAUACAAUGUAUGUGUACUGUAUAUACUGUAAAUCUGCCAAUUUCCAAAAUAUUUCUAUCAGCAUGCUUUAGGACUAACUUCAGAUUAACCAAUUUAAUGUGAUUCUCACUGUGAACACAGGAGGGCUAACACACAUUUGGUCCGAAUCAGGAGUUCUGAUUGACAGUGGUCCUCCCCUCAGACAAAGCCUGGAACAAAGUGCCCCCUCACCCCAGCUUAGAUUACCUGCUGAGUUUCGCUCACUACCUGAAGGGCUCUGUGGCCAGGAUUGGUGUAUUUGUUCCCAUAGACACUCAACCAUUGAGCAAAAAAGACAAUAUCGUUUGACACAACCUUAGACUGCAGUAAAUGUCUUUUUCAAAAACUACUUGGGGAGGCCCACCUCAAAUCUCCAAAAACAUUCAGAAAAUUGCCCAAAAUGUUACCCAAAAUUUUUUAUGAAUACUCUACGUAGUACCCCCCAAAAUCAUAAUAUUUAUAAUUGUCCUAUGUGAGUCCAGUAUUUAACUAUAUUAAGAUGGAAACAAAACACAAAAUGUACCUGCUGUUUUAAAACAACCACAGAAAAGAAUGUUUGUAUAGUUGGUUGUUUUCUUUAUUUUAACAAUCUUCCACUGCUACUACUACUUACUGUCACCAUCUUUAUCAAUAUCCUUUAUUAGGUAACCUUCUUGUCUAUUGUGCAUAUGGGUGUUACUGGGCCUUUUGUUUUAUAGCUGAAUGCAUGUUGUUAAAAUGGGAACACACAUGGGAACAUGGUGUUAUGCAUGUACAAAGAAAUAAACAUAGCGUAUCAUGUGACCUGUGCCGACAUUACGGACAAUAGACAUCUCGUGUGAACUAGACGUGUCCCCUUACGUUACAAGAGUUAACAAAACGACCCCAAACAUGCUAUAAUCUUCUGUCACGUUUUGUGCCUCCUGAUGUGGCUGUCCUGUUAAAUAAGCUACUCUGUGUGCGGAUUAUUUAUUCGUUUAUUUCCUUAUCCGAAUUUUGAAGUCAUUUUAAAUAUAUGUUAUACUCGCAAGUUUAAUUAUUUUGACUUGCUUUUUUCCCAGUGUGGUAUCACCUGUAUCAGAGUAUUGCUGUGAGAGGGGACAUUAAUUACAAACUGGAGCGGAGAGCAACAUGUUGUAUAAAAUCAGUCUUUCUUUGUUUAAGGUUGACUACAGAAGAGUACAAGGGUCAAGCAUUAGGAUAAAAAUGAGAGGAGGAAUGAGAGGAGUUUUUCCUUUUACGUUUACGAGAAUAUGGUGGAAAUGUUGAUAAUAAAGUCAAACUAAAUCCGAGGAAGGGAGAUUUUUCUGGUUAUUAAAACUGAUUCUAAAGUUCAAUUUAAAAAAAAUCAUCUACAAGAGGCAUUUUGUUGAAAGUCACAUGUAUUUACAUAAGUAGUUUGAUAUGUUCCUAAUGGUUUGACUUUAAUCUUAAAAAUUCCAAGUUUAUUCUCGACAAAUCAACUUUAGUCUCAGUAUUAAAAAUUUGAAAAUACUCUAAUAAAAUACUUUAGUUUCACUUUAUUCUUGACAUUUCCACUUAAGUUUUGAAAAGCAAAAUGAAAAUCCACCUCGCCUCUUUUCUUUCUCUUAACUCUUCUUCCAUAGUUUCCUGUUAUCAAACAGUUCUCCCAAAGGACAAUGAUUUCAGAGGUCUAUUAUUAAGCCCCCUUUAUUCUUCCCAGACGAUCUUGUUUCUGCUUUGGUUCCUCAUUGGUCUUUACCGUCCACAGGGAGUGGUCAGAUUUUCUUUCAUAACCAGAAAGUAAAUAAAUAGCUGCUUUCGACCAGGUGGCAAAUAUUCCAUUUUUGGAUGCCCAGAACUCAACACUCUACCAUAAUGUUGCUUCUUUCAGGGCUUGUGGGCCUCCUGCUGGUGCUGACAGCUGAGGCCAGAGUUGGAGACUCCUCUCAGUUACAAUUCUGCACUGAGACAGAGGAGUGUCUGCUGUUUGAUCCUAUUUGUCAGAUUAAUGACUUGGAGGUCCGUAACUACAGCUCCGUGAAGUGGGUUUCAACUAGCGAGUCAUCCAUGUUAAUGGAAUUUGCUGCAAUGAACAUGUUCAGACGACUAUUUGACUACAUCAGAGGUUCUAACGAUCAAGGAGUGGUAAUUGACAUGACAUCUCCGGUUCUUAUGAAUAUGCCUCAAAAGAGUUGGUGGCAAACGGGUGUCUUCACAAUGAGUUUCUUGCUGCCAGAUAAAUAUCAGAAAAGCCCCCCCAAACCCACUGACGGCAAGGUGAAAGUCCAUGACACGCCUGACAUGACAGUGUAUGUACUGAGCUACAGUGGAUGGAUGACGACCUCUUCUAUCAACAAUGCCUUUGGCCAGCUGUUCACUCAACUGGACGCCAUUGGUGCAAAAUACAGAAAAGACACCCGCUAUGCUGCGGGAUACAACAGUCCAAUGACCAUAAUGGACAGGCACAAUGAGGUGAUGGUUGUUGUUGAGGGGAAGCCAGCGUGUCCCAGCCAGGACUGAACAGCUGGACCUUCACAACAACUUCAAGUCCUAUUGCGUCACAUAAAGAAGCUUGUGGAGACAGCCCGGACUUGGAAAAUAAAAUUCAAAAUUUAAAUCCACCUCGUGAUGAGGUUUUUCUGUUAAAUUCAAUAAAAUUACCUUCCUAAACUGA